AUGACUGUCACUAUCCAGCCUUUUGUCACUGGCAUCGCCCUGCUCAGCAGCUGGGUGUACGCUGGCCCUGAUACCUAUUGCAAACCCAUUCCAGGCUCGACCGGUUGGCCGGAUCCCGCUGAAUGGCAGGCAUUGAACACUUCAGUAUCAGGACGACUCCUCGCUCCAGCUCCUCCAGGAUUAGUCUGCCAGCAGAACAGCUCCAUGUAUAAUGUUGAUGCCUGUGCGACCGUGUAUCAACAAUGGGGAAACUCUUCAUGGCAUGCAUCCGACCCCUUGACCGGCGACUACAAUGACGAAGGUUGUCUUCCAAGCAAAGUGGCCCCGUGCUCGGCUGCCGCAUAUCCAGCAUUCGUAGUCAAUGCAAGUGAUGCUACCCAUGUGCAAGCCGCGGUGAAGUUUGCAAAGCGGACAGGCGUCAGAUUGAUCGUCAAAGGGACAGGUCAUGACUUUCCCGGACGAUCUUCCGGCCCAGAAGCUCUCUCCAUUUGGACUCACAAUAUCCGUGGUGUCAAUGUGACUAUAGGGGAUGCCCGUGCGAAGAAGUACGAUGCUGUAGCCGCCGUCAAAAUUGCCGCGGGCAUGCGCAUGCGAGAGAUCUACGCUGAAGCCGCGAGACACAAUAUCACUAUCGUCGGUGGAGGUGGUUUGGACGUAGGUGUUGGAGGCUGGAUCACUGGAGCUGGCCACAGCCCGAUCAGCAGUAAGUAUGGUCUCGGAGCGGAUCAAGUUCUCGAGAUGGAGGUCGUCACGGCGAACGGCAUCCUUUUAACAAUCAACGAAAAUUCAUAUCCUGACCUUUUCUGGGCAAUGCGAGGCGGAGGCGGUUCUACUUUCGCGGUCAUGACUUCUGUGACUGUUCGAGCGUAUCCUCGUCUCGCUGCUACGCUGUACGUAUACAGCUAUAACACCACCGUCAACUCCGACACCUUCUGGUCCAUGACAACGUACUUUCACAACCAGCUACCCACCUUGUCCGAUGAAGGGAUCAUGGGCUAUUAUUACGGCAUUCCCAACAUCGAAGACGCCAACUCUUCAAGAAGUUCGCUGUUGGGCGUCUGGAUAGUGCCAGACAAAACAGUGGCCGAGACAAAGGCGAUCAUAUCGUCAAUGGAAGAGAUAAUUAACAACAACACAUUUGGAUGGAAAGAUCCCGUGAUUCUCUCCAAUUACUCCAUUCAUGUUCCUGAUUUCAUGUCUGCCUGGGGACAAACCACACCGGAGGGUGUUGGAGUGAAUGUCCGUCUCGGUUCUCGGCUUCUGGAUCGCAAAGCUCUCGAGACUGAUCCCGAGACACUGAACAUGCUCCUCAGGCAGUCCGCAACGAAUCUGCAAACGGCGAUUAUCGGACACCUUGUCGCCGGACAAGGCGUAAAAAAUGUCAGGAUACCUGGCGGGAGCAAUGCAGUCUUGCCUGCCUGGCGCGAUGCCUACGUCCACUAUGUGCUUCCAGUUAGUUGGCCGUAUUUGAAUGGGACGGCCAAAGCUGCUACUACCCGUCAAUUGCGCACUGUGCAAAUCGAGGCCCUACGCCAGCUUGCACCGGACUCGGGAGCAUACAUGAACGAAGCAGAUCCCACCGAGCCGCAUUGGCAGCCGGCGUUCUGGGGCGCCAACUAUCCACGCCUGCUCGCGUUGAAGAAGCACUGGGAUCCAACCGGGGUCUUUUGGUGCAUACCGUGUGUCGGACAUGAGCUGUGGAACGUCCGCGGCCAAUAUGGAAUUGAAGGCGGCAUUGGUCAAACACCUGGACGCAUUUGCAAGGCUUGA